AAAAAAUCAUAAUUAACAUGCUGUUGAUUGAAAGUUUAUUUAACUUUGCCCGAACGACUGCUUUAAUACUUAAACACUGUGAGCUGAAGAGUGAUUCAAUACCACCAAUAAGCGGGCUGCAUUCAAACUCCCAGCCAAUCAAAGUCCGUGUCUGGGAAAGGAGGCGGGACUUGCUAUAAGGCGCUUGUACGGGAGUCGGGAAGCUUGACAUCUUAGGCCACGCCCCUUCUGUGGCGGACAAAAUGGACGCGCGUGUGGAGGUUCGGCGGCACCGUGUUAAAAUGUCGGUGUAGAUUCGGACCGAGGUUUCGGCGUGUGUACCUGAGAAAGGAAUAAAGCCCGGAUGCUACACAUGACGCUGUUGUGCGAUUUGGAAGCCCGGAGAAGCAGUUUGAAGUAGAGACAGAGAAGCAGCAGAUGGACGACUCGUCCCCCACAGAAGCCACCAAAAGAUGGGGCUUCCGCAGGAGCACCAUCGCUAGACGUGAAUUCAUCGAAGAAAUUGGCAACCUGGACCUCGUUACGUUGACGCCGCGUCGGACCGCGCGCCAGCCCAAGGGCAAAGCACGGGGUCGCGGACGCGCCAAACAGCCAAACGAAACCAUACCAACUCCCCCCAAAAGGACACGAGCAGGCAGAGGAGCGAUCCAGGUGAGGGACGUAGAUCCUGAAUCGGAUGACAUCGUAGCGGCGCCCCGUCAGCCGCACGAACCUCAGAAAGCCGCCUUCGAGGCAUCGGAUCAAGACAGCGACGAGCUCACUCUCCGAGAGCUACAAGAGCGAGCCCGGAGGCGACGGAAAUCGGAGGAGAUCCAACAAGAGAGCGCAGAACUGAACGACGAAGGGUCUCGCGAGAACGUGCAAGCAGAUCAAGACGUCUCUUCACUCGCCGACCAAUCAGGGAUAACCGGAGCCCGGAAAUCAGCUCCGGGGGGUCGGCACGAGGGAAAGGUGGAUCCGGAGGGGCGAAACGACGCAGGAGAAUCUUCAAGCAUCGACGAAUACAGCGACCCUGAAGCCAUCUACUGCAUUUGUCAACAGAAGCACAAUAACAGGUUCAUGAUCCGCUGUGACCGGUGUCACGAGUGGUUCCACGGUGACUGUGUAGGCAUCAGUCAGUCUCGUGGUAGUCUCCUGGAGAAGAACGGAGAGGAUUACAUCUGUCCGUCCUGCUCUCCUUGCCAAAGUCCCAUCAGGUUCCUGAAUCAGCAGCAGCAGCCGGUGCUUUGUAAAGUUCUGAGCUCCUCGUCCGAGAGCCUGCUCACCUCCUCGGCCGGAGAAGAACGACCCAACGAGGACGACGGUGUUAAAGGGAAGAUCAGGAAGUCGAGCUCUCGCGGCACAAAGACGAGAAUCAAGAUCUUCCGACCGGUGGAGACACUCGAAGCCACUUCCAAACUUGAAGAGCGAGCCGUAGCGGGGGAACAGGAUGUGACAGAAGAAACGGUGGAAGACCAGGAGGACCUGGUGGAGAAGGAGAAGGAGAAGGCCACUGCUCCUCAGUGUAUCGGUCCGGGCUGUAGUAACGAUGCUCUGCCCGAAUCGGUGUACUGCGGCCAUCAGUGCAUCAUCCGUCACGCUGCCGUUGCCAUGCACGGCCUCUCAGAGCCCAAAGCUCAACCUGAGAUUAAAAACAAACCUGCGAUUAAACCCACGCUUAAGAUCCAAAAUCUGGGAAAGCUCUUCAAGAAGAAACCUUCAGAGAAGCCUGAUGAGGACGGCAGAAGUAAGGAGAUGGGAUCUGCCCCUGCUGCCUCUUUCACCCCUGACCCUGUUCACAAAGCAAUGGGGGAGCAGCAACCUGCAGCAAUCGCUUCAUCACUGUUUUACAAAGCCACCUCAACUAAACCCGAAAAGGAGGCUGAAGAAAGCGAGCCAGAUAAAACACCAGUCACUACUCAGCCCGAGUCUCCAGAUCCGUCUGCUCCUUCGGAGGCCUCUGCUGCCAAAAAAGUCGCUGAGAAACCAGCCUCCUCAUCUCCACCACUCAAAAGACCUGCCUCUAAUCCCCUCCCGAGCCGAGCCAAGAAAACCAUGCCGGGUUCUCCACGUUUAUCUGCAACUCGCCAGCUCCUGAACGAGGCUUCGCAAUGCCAGUCUCAAGAGGCUUCUAGCAAACCCCAGAGCUCAAACCCCACCACAGAGGUUCGAGUCCUGCCCAUCACUCCUGCUCCUGUUCCUCCACCCAGACCUCUCCAAGCUCAUCCGAACAUGCAGAUGAGACAGAACAUCAGGCGCUCUCUCGUCGACACCUUGCUGAAAAGGGUGAGCGCCAGUGACGAUUUGGAGAUCCCUGAGAGCGAAGUUGAAAAAUUAGCUGUGAACAUUGAGAGAGAGAUGUUCAACAUGUAUUAUACUACUGACAACAAGUACAAGACCAAAUACAGAUCUCUGAUCUUGAGCUUGAAAGACCCCAAGAACAAGGUUCUUUUCUAUGAAGUUGUUAAAGGACACAUCACGCCAUUUAAACUGACCCGUCUGAGCGAUCAAGAGCUCCUGUCUGUUCAGGAAAAUACAGACAAUCCUGUGGCUCAGAAGGAACACUCAUCUCCUGUGUGUGCAGACGUGGAGCAGCCUGUAUCUGUGUCCAAGAACAUAGCAGUCAAACCCGAUAGCAUGGCCACAUCGUCAAUGGAAGGGAAAAUAUCUCUUCCUCCGGCCAAACAGAAACCCUGCACUGCCGUCUCAGCCAUCAUCAGCACCAUGCUGAAAGACACAACAGCAGAACACAAAGCUCAUCUCUUUGACCUCAAAUGCAGGAUCUGUACGGGUCAGAUUUCUGAGGACACGGACACCACGAAAAAAGAAGAGCCGAAGACCGAGCAGAAGGAAAAACUUUUAUGUGCUUUCGCUUUAUCUGCUAAAACUCCUGCACUCGGAGAUGAUUCCCUUGUUAUAGAGUCUCCUGCUUCACCAAACGCUGAAGAAUGUAACGUGGAGACACCUCAGAAAGAGUUUUCUCCACCUGUAAUUCCUGCGGUUUCCAUAGUGACCAUAACAAGAAAGGAUCCACGGACGGCAGGAUACCGGGCUGCACCUUCUACUGCGAUCGUGCCUGCUCAUGUUCUUGUUCCAGACCCUCCAAAAAGUCUAACCAUAAUUUGUAGUGAGAAGGAGACCACAGAUGAACCAAAAGCAGUCGAGCCACCGCCACCUCCGCCUCCACCACCCAUGCCCAAAUCCAUUCUCAUGAAGCCCUCAGCUCCAUCAAACCCCAUGUUCUACAGUUCACAAGGUUUAACCACAAGAUUGAGAACCUCUCAUACCCCAGCAGACAAGAAGACAAUUAACUUCCUUUCCAGACAAGAUACGAUAUGGAAAGGCUUUCUCAACAUGCAGCUGGUGGCCAAGUUUGUUACCAAAGGAUGCAUGAUCUCAGGAUCUGCAGAGGCUCUGAAAAAGGACUUGCCAGAUACUGUUCAUAUUGGUGGUCGUAUUUUACCAGAAAUAGUCUGGGAGUACGUUGAGAGAGUAAAGACGUCUUUAACAAAGGAGCUGUCUUUAAUUCGCUUUUAUCCAGCAUCUGAUGAAGAAGAGGUUGCAUAUGUCUCCCUGUUCUCGUAUUUCAACAGUCGCAGGAGAUUUGGAGUGGUUUCCAAUAUUUGCAACAAUAUUAAAGAUCUUUAUCUGAUUCCUUUAUGUGCAAAUGAGUCCAUUCCCUCUGUACUGCUGCCAAUAGAAGGCCCAGGACUUGAACAGGAUCACCCGAAUCUUCUGAUCGGCCUGGCAGUUUGUCAGAAACUAAAGCGACCCGGAGCACAGACACACGACAUCGACGAGAAAAGACCAAGAAUUCAGAUAUCACAGGAUCCUCAAUCCAUCAUUAACCUCCCUACAAAAUCUACCGUUCCUGAUGCUGAACACGAUGAACCUUAUGACCCAGAUAUCGCAAUCGGCACUACUCCUGGCAACUCUCAACCUGAUCCACCAUCACCCUUCUCAAACCCUUCAUCAGUGCUUUCUAAUUUUCAUGCUCCUAAAACAUCUACUAUCUCAGAUGUUGCCAAGAUCACAUCAUUAAGUGCUCCACCAAAUUCCAGUACCACUUCCACUACCACUACACCACUCCAGACUAUUCUUGAUACAAUUUUUGGUAAAAAGACACACAACCAAGAUUUAGCGGGAAAUACCAGCCAGGAAACACCUAUAGUUAAAGAACCAGCCAUAUCUUUCUUGACUGUAGACCCCAUCGUUCAACAGUAUCAGCAGACUUCGAAGGCUGCAGUGGAGAAUGAUGGUAAUGAUAGACCCUAUGACCCUGAGGAAGAGUAUGAUCCAGCUUUGGGAUAUCAAAAUCUUUCCCCCGUGAAACCACUAGAAUUGUCAAAGCCUAAUACUUCAACUGAUGUUUCUAAAAGCAUUGAUGGUGUUUUUAUUGAUGAUGAUGAUAGGCCCUAUGAUCCGGAAGAGGAAUAUAAUUUGGGAAAUAGAAUUGAUUCUGUCCAUGCACGUAGUACCGCAAACCAUUCCGUUGCUCAAGGAACCUCUGCAAUAAAGGAUGACGUAGCAUAUGAUCCAGAGGAUGACACAGUCUUUGAAGAGAUGCAGAAUUACCUUACAGAUAAAAAACCCUCCACAUCUGAAUAUGGACCAUCAACAACCAUGUCAUUAUCUGAGCAGCAGAAAAUGCUAGAAGACUUAAACCGGCAGAUAGAGGAACAGAAACGCCAGCUUGAGGAGCAGGAAGAGGCUUUGCGUCUUCAGAGAGCGGCAGUCGGGGUUUCCAUGGCCCAUUUUUCGGUCUCUGAUGCUCUCAUGUCACCACCACCACGUUUCGGCAGGGAACCGGAUGAGGAGAUGGAAAAAACCCUAACUGCGAUAAAUCUGAAUAGAGAUCCGAGGCAAUAUAGAAACUUAACAUCAAAUACUGUUAAUCCAACACUGACGGAUCAUACUGACAAUGAAAAUGAAAAAAGGGAAUGUUCGAAAAGCAAGAACCCUUCAAAAGGUUUGCUAGAGCAAGAAAAAGAUCAAGCUAUGUCAUUAGGUGAGGUAGAUAACAAAAUGUUAACCAGUGCUGAUACAACAGUGUUGCAUUCUGUAAGGAAUUCAGAAAAAAGUAUACAUCCUGGUCCAUCUGAACUACAAGAAAGUACCUCUUCAUCGUCUGGUAACGAGAACAUUCAGCGCUCCAAUUCACCAUCGAAAGAUUCAGGCAAACCAAAACAAAGCCAUACAUCCAGGAGACAACAUCACAGCCCUUCACAAAGACAAUCGAGACACCACGAGAAAAGAACCUCAGAUCAGUCAAAAGAUGAUGGACACAGAAGAAGAAGGUCUUCCAGACGAAGCCGAAGUCGUAGUUGCAGGAACGAAAGAACGUCAUCAAGGGAGAGAGAGCAGAACCGCCACAGAAGUACAUCUUCAAGACAUGGUAGUAGGAGGGACAGAUGGUAUUCGUCAUCGAGAGCACGUUCACCUCGGAGUAGGGCAUCUUCAGAACCGGAGAAUAAUCAUUCAAGUUUAAAGGAGAAAUCGGCAUCCAGGCAGAAGAAUGAACCAAACUCUGCGAUGACAGACACUGUAGCAUCUGAGCAACCUGAAAGUGAAAAGUCUCAAAAUGAGGCUUUGGAGAGUGCAGAGCCAAAAGAAACCACGAUACAGAAAGAUGCUCUUACAAAACCUGAAAGUGAUCAGUCCCACCACAGAGAGCAAGCAGCAUCUGAUAAAACUUGUGGUACUUUUUCUCAAAGGAAGCAAGUGAAGGUAGAACCAAAUCAACUGCAGAAUGACCGAACAUUCAAGACAAAUCUAUUGCAAAGGGAAGAGUUUCACAAAAACAAGCCUCAAUUUGAGAAAUUAUCAAAAGAUCAUGACCGGAACAAUGAGCCCUUUUACACCAGGCAUCAGUGUACUCAGAGAGGUAAUGUGUUAAAUAAUGAUAAGACCAUACAUAUUCAGUCAUCAAGACAAGAGUUUCAUCAUCCUUCACAGAAGAUGCCUAAAAUAGAGAACGAUUUCCCAGAGCCGGUGAAGGAUUUGCCAAUGAGGCCACCACAUUUGCGUGGACAAGAUCGUGAAAUGACGCCACUUCAAAAUCAGAACACUAGUUUCUUGAUAGAUGGCACUUCAGACCCUCAAGAAUUUCCAUUGCAAGAGGCUCGUUCCAUGGCAAGUGAUGAUUUGACACAGUUGGAAAACAAUAUUCACAGAAAUAGCCCUCCUAGAGAUCAGUUUAGACCAAGGACGCCUGAAGGUCAGUGGAGAGGCCCACAGCAUAGAUUGGGUGGUCUGAGAGGUCAUACAUCAAUGCAGUCUAGGAUUCCCAGAGCUCCACAUCCUGAGCAGAUUGAAAACUGCAGACCAGCAGGGCCAAGAGGUCUAACACCAAGGAUAUUUGAUGAUUGUGGGCCAUCUGAAGAAUUUGGACCAAUUGGUCCAACAUCUGUAUCUAGAAUGUUUGAGGACUCUGGGAAUCGAAACCUUAGGCCAAGGGGCCCAAGCCCAGGUUCCAGGAUGUUUCAAGGAGCUUCGCCUCACCCUUUUGAACCUAAGGGACGGUUCCCAAGACCUGUAAUGUUAGAGGGUUCUGGACCACAAAAGUUUAGGCCGAGAGAUACAUUCUUACGCCCUGAGAUGUUCGAUGGUUCAGUUACUUUUGCAGGGUCACAGAGAAGAGAGUUUGAUCGUGGUGAUCCUCAUUUACAAGAGUUUGAUGAUUCAUGGGAGUGUGAUGCACCUCACCAACUUGACAGAGAAACAUUUUCAGAACUUAGACGCCCUCGAGGACACGGUCCACCGCAACGGUUUCAUGAAAAUAGGCGUGACAGUAGAGGUACAGAGCAACCAGAUUUUGAUGACUCAAGAUGCUAUGAUCUUACAUUCGAUAAGGCAGAAAUAGAGCAUGAACCACUUCAGUAUUUCGAUGAUCCAAGGGAUUAUGGUCCAAAUUUUGCUAAUGAAAGUAAUCUACCUCCACAACAACCAAGAGGUCACAGGUAUCCCACUCCUCGUCCUAUGCGAACCCGGAUUCCAGCACGUGCUAGAAACUCUCUAUCCAACAAACCUGAAAGACCUCGGGUUUCAAGAAUGGAAUUAAAUGUUGAAAGAUCUCAACAAUUUGAUGAAUUUGGAGAUUAUGCAAUAGAAAGGGAAACAGUUGAGCCACAUUUUGCAAAGCCUGAUAUUUUUGAAGGUGACCGAAGUUGUGAACGAGCUGCUCAAAUGAAAAGUCCAUGCUUUAACCCACCUCCAAAUCUCAGAGGUCCAAGAGCCCCAUCCCCUAAAUUUCACAACCAGAGGAUGCUUCCUCCCCACACCAUAGAGUUGCCUGAGGACAAAGUAUGUUCUUCUAAUUUUUCAUUGCCAUCUAAUUCCAGACCUCUAAGAUCACACGUGCCUAAUGCAAGUGAGGUGCCAAACCCAAUGCAAUCACGGAUACGGUUGGAUGGACCAACCAAAGAGCCAGAUAUUCUCCCCUUGCGGCUGUCUGGCCCUUUGCUCCCAACACCUCCUGGUGGCCCAAUAAGAUUCCAGAGCCCUAGAAUGCAGAGGCCUUGUCUUUACAACGAGAAUAACCUGCCCCAGCGUCCUCCCACUAGAGGACACUUCGGUGUUCGUGGUAAAGGAGGUGUGAAUCCCGGGCGCUUUGAUAAUGAUUUAAACAAUCAAGAUGGAGAAACCUUUCAGAGUCACUUUCAAGAAGGAGAAAAGGGAGAGUUUGUUGAUAGGGAGGAAGAAUACAGUAGUCGGGGUAAUAGUCCAUGGUGUCGAGGGGCAAGGAGGAGGAGUAGCACUGUAAGAAGAGGUCAUGGUAGUGAACAGCAUAACAGAGAGGAUACCAGUGAAAGAGGGAUUGGCAGAGAUGGGGCAAUGAGCAGAGAUUCAUAUAAAACCAGGCAUUGAUAAAAUAGAGUCCCAGUCCACAGUAAUGCAGGUCGGUCACAUUCAUUGACCAUGAACAAGCAGGUUUAUUUUGAACAUAAAAGUCUAAAGAACAUUAACUGUUUGAAAGUACAUGAUUAAAUGUUAAAUGUUUUGUCAGAAAAGAAAUUUGUGGUAAAAUCACAUUAAUAAUUGCUUUAAUUAAUUAAUUUUUUUUUUUUACUUGGUUUAUUAGAAAUGAAAGGUUUCUGUAUUUUGCAGAUGUUGUUAACUUUUUUCAUGUUGGACUAAAAUUGUGUUUGAACAGUCUGCAAGUUUAAGCAGUUAAUUCCUUUUUGAGUUUUUGUUUGUAGCAACAUCACUGCAUCUUUUCUCUUUGAAAGAAAAACUCAUUUGUUUUUGAAGAAUUAUUUUAAUGACAGUAAACACAGACUUUUCACUUGAUUAUAUUUGUAAACAUAAACUUAAAACAGUGUGCAUUUGUAUAUAUGGAUGUAUAGGUUUGAGUUUCGUCAGUGUACAGAUUUGUUAACGCAUAAAUCGGGGACUGUGUACGGCAAAGUUGAAUUAUGUCCUCAACAGUUGUAAAUCCUGGUGUACAUUUAGGUUCAUAAGUAUUUUAUAAACUUUCCUACAAAAGCAUUUCAAGGUAUAGUGUAUAAUAAUAUCCCACAGGACGGAUCUCCAGGCAGUAUGUCUAGUGGCAAAGAUUUCUUUAAAGAAUAAAAAUAAAGACUUGUGUUAUUUUGUUUCA